CCGCUCAAUUCAUAUUGAUUAUUAUUGAGGUGUGUCUGAAAUCCAAGGCAGUCGUCAUCUUGAAGAUCUCAGUUAAACCUUCGAAAGUUCCACCACUGAAAUUCAGCUCAAACUUGCUGAAAUAAUCUUGACAUUGUUUUGACGAAGUGUUAUUUCGGGUAGGUCGAAAAUCCAAGAUGGUCGCCAUAGCCAGCGUACUGCACCUGGUAUAGCACAAUUAUCGCCGGUGUCGCUGAGUAUCUAUAUUAAAAGAUAACUUGGGUAUCAAGAUGAAAUGACCGUUUAGGCCCUCUAUUUUAGCACUUCCUACAGCGGCAUGAAUACCAAAGAACCACACAGACAAAUAUAUAUAUAUAAAUCUUAAAAUAAUAUGUUGAAACAUUUCACCAAAACCAAUGGUGCAUAUGGCAUUGAUUUUUGUCAUAACCUAUAAACUUUAUUUAUUUUAAAGAAUUUGCGAAAUAAGUUAUAUCGACUUUAUGUCCGAUCGGGGAAUCAAAACCUCUGCAAAUUAGGUGUCCGGCAAAUGUGUUACUUCUGUGCCACGCGGUCACCAAAACAUACGCAAAAACUCAAAAUAUUUACGUUAGCAUAAAUACAUGCUAAAUUUGUUGUUAGAAUAUACUUGUAAUGGUUUACACAUAUUUUGUAGUAUUUUUUUUACAUCAUCUAGAUACGUUUAGCUGGUUCAUGUUUACUUUUUUAUGCGCAAUUUUCAGAUGUUUAGUGGGUCUUGGAUUCUUGUCUCUUGUGCUUUUGAAGAUAUGCCUACAAGGCAGGAGUACGCAGAGACCUGAAUCGCCGAGUCCAGACAAUACGUCCGAAUUAACUUGGGAUACAAUUGACAUUGGAAGUGUUGACUCUCUACAUCCAAGUAGUUUGGAAGAGGAAAUCGUGCAUGAACCCGUAGCGCGACAUGUCGUCUACAGAGAGGACCAAGAGGCGAUAUAUAUGGAAGAGUAUUGGUGACGAGUGCAUGGGACAAUGGCGUACAAGCUACAGAAACCACAUUGAAUAGUGUAAAGAACAUUGCAUUUCAUAUAUAGCCAAAUAAAGGCAUUUUAAGCUAGACGGCACGUCGAGGAAACAUUUCCAGUAACACAUACUUUAGCUACAGUGUCCUUUACCUUAUAUAUACAUGUAUAUCGAUUUAUGCGAGGGUGUAACAGUGUAGGACAGUGUUUCAAUUUGAUGUAGUUUGUCAGACUCAAUGUAGAUAUGAAUGUAUGGAUAAGUGGAUGCAUGGAAGGUAUUGUUUUACAGCCCAUCGACAAUCAGAUGUAAUAAUGGUAAACUAACACCAGAUUAUAAGGAAAUGCUCACAACAAACACAUCAAACUCGAGCCGCAAUGUAAAAAAGUCUAAAACUAACUGACAUCAAACGAACUUGUUAUAAAACACAGUAUAUUUUAUGAUAUUGCAUGCAAAUAAUCAAAUAUUAGUUAUGUAGAUGUUUUCCAGAAACCUUAAUCUAUGUUUUCAGUAGUUGCCCGAGUCAGAUGCGAAUUUUGUAAUUAAUUCUUCAUUCUUAAUUUUCAAAAAAUAAUUGUAUAAUUAGGGAAAUUAUUGUUUUUUUG